AUGGAUAUAUUUCUGUCAGAGGAGCAAUCGCGGAUCGUCGGAGGCUCACAAGCGGUGACACAUUCAUCAUUUCCUUAUCAAGCUGGUAUAAUAGCCACUCUCACCACGGGAUGGACAUCAAUUUGCGGUGGGGCUUUGAUUUCUAACAGCAGGAUACUCACCGCAGCCCACUGUUGGUGGGAUGGACAGAGUCAAGCGCGGAGAUUCACUAUCGUUCUUGGCUCGCUCAGAAUCUUCUCUGGCGGAGUGAGAGUCGAAACGACGGAGGUCGUAACACACCCGUCAUGGAAUACUAAUGAGAUAACUCACGAUAUUGCUGUGGUGAAAAUUCCUGCCGUAGAUUUUAAUAAUGAAAUUCAGUCCAUUCCGCUGCCGACAAUAUCAGAGGUCAACGAAAACUUCGCUGGCUUAACAGGUACCGCUUCCGGCUACGGAAAAACCAGUGACGCACAGAGCAGUUUUCCGACCACAACGACACUGCACCACGUUUCAGUCAGCAUUAUUGCCAAUUCUGUAUGCCAGAAGAGCUUCAAUGUACCGAUUCACGGUUCCCACUUGUGCACGGAUGGUGCAAGGGGUGUUGGAACCUGCGACGGCGACUCUGGCGGUCCACUGACCGUCGUAUGGCGUAAUCGACGCAUUUUGGUUGGCAUCGUGUCUUUCGGCCUUGGCAACGGAUGCCAAAGAGGUUACCCAUCAGUAUACAGUCGCGUGACAGCUUUCUGGACAUGGAUAAACGCUAAUUUG